AUGAUCAUGACAUUUGAGGAUGUGGCUGUGGACUUCACCCAAGAAGAGUGGCAGCAGCUGGACCUUGCUCAGAAGACCCUACACAGGGAUGUGAUGCUGGAGAUCUGCAGCCACCUAGUCUCUGUGGGGUGUUCAGAUAUAAAACCAGAUAUAAUCUCCAAGCUGGAACAUGGAGAAGACAAGUGGAUCAUAGAGAGUGAGUUGUCAAGGUGGAUCUACUCAGAUUCACUGACUUGUAAUAGGAGCUAUUCAAGAAAGAGCCACACUGAGAGAUUUGGAUGUGGGAGACCACCUAACUAUAGUGCUUCUUGUUCUGUGCCUGAGAAAAUUCACAUUGGAAUGAAAUCCCAUGGACAUAGUCAGUGUGAAAAAGUUCUCAAUCGUAAGCAAGCCCAUAUUCAGUAUAAGAAAGUUCAAGCUAGGGAGAAGCCCAUUUGCAGUGUGUGUGGGAAGAGCUUUAUUAAGAAGUCACAGCUCAUUAUACAUCAAAGAAUUCAUUUUGGAGAGAUACCGUAUGUAGGUGGAGAUUGUGGAAAAGCCUUCAGUGAGAAAUCACACCUCAUUGUGCAUCAGAGGAUUCAUACUGGGGAAAAACCCUAUGAAUGUACCGAGUAUGGAAGAUCUUUCUCCCAGAAGUCACCCUUCAUUGUUCAUCAGAGAGUCCACACUGGAGAGAAACCUUAUGAAUGUUUUGAGUGUCAAAAAGCCUUCUCCCAAACGUCACAUCUCAUUAUACAUCAGCAGGUUCAUACUAGAGAGAAGCUCUUUGAAUGCAGUGAAUGUGGAAAAGCCUUCGGUGAGAAGUCUCACCUUUUUAUACACCAGAUGACUCAUACUGGGGAGAAACCCUAUGAGUGUACUGAAUGUAAGAAGACCUUCCCUCGGAAAACACAACUCAUCAUCCAUCAGAGAACGCAUACUGGAGAGAAACCCUGUAAGUGUAGUGAGUGUGGCAAAACCUUUUGCCAGCAGUCCCACCUCAUAGGACAUCAAAGAAUUCAUUCAGGAGAGAAACCUUAUAUAUGUACAGAAUGUGGGAAAGCAUUCUCUCAGAAAUCACCUCUUCUUAUACGCCAGAGAAUUCAUACGGGGCAGAAACCAAAUGAGUGUAGUGAAUGUGGCAAAACUUUCUCCCAGAUAUCACCCCUCAUUAUUCAUCAGAGAAUUCAUACAGAGGAGAAACCCUACGAGUGUACUGAGUGUGGAAAGGCCUUUUCCCUGAAGUCACAUCUCACUAUCCAUCAGAGAGCUCAUACUGGAGAGAAACCUUAUGAAUGUAAUGAAUGUGGGAAGGCCUUCUGUGAGAAGUCUCCCCUAGUUGUACAUCAGAGAACCCAUACUAAGGAGACUGAAUCUGCUGAUUAUGGGAUAAGCUUUUCCUGGAAAUCACAGAUGAUCACAUAUCAGAGAACACACAUGGAGGAGAAACCCUCCAAAUGCAGUGACUGUGGGAAGGUCUUCUGCCAGCAUAUACACCUCACUGGACAUCAGAACCACAUAGGUGAGGAACCUUAUACACGUACUGAUUGUAGGAAGGUACCCCCGCCUCAGAAAUCAGACCUCAUUAUGCAUGGGAAAACUCACACUGAACAGAAAUCCUAUGGGUAUGUUGGACAUGAAAAAUGUGGCACCUUCUUAACUGUAGAAGAGACUCAUAUGCUCCCAAGUAUAUCUGAUUAUGCCUCCACAGAAUAG